ACGGACGGAUCGAUAUUUUUAGUGCCGCGGAAAUACGAUAUUUUGUCGGAAUAUGCCUGGGUGCUGUACAAAUGCUCCCAGUCAGGCAUGCGAGCGAAAGUGUGGCGUACAGCUCUGAAUGAUCACAUAUUUGUUUCACACAUUUCCGGCCCAAUUUUCGUUGUGAAAUUACUUUGCAAUCAGUCAAAUGCGGAACACUUCAUCCAAACGCUACUGGAAAUCGUUGAUGAUGUCUUCCAUGAGACGCGUAAAUGGUAUUGUGGUGAAGACCCAACUGCAUUUGAACGUACCUUCUUUGUUCUGCUGAAAUUGGCAGAUGUCUCACCUGUUUUGUGCCAGUCAUUUUCCUAUCAGCGCGGCUUGGUCGUCAUUUUAGACGAUCUGAACAAUUAUGGGGAUACGAAACUUCUAUCGAAUGGAUUAUACUAUCUUAGCAUUAUUGCUGAGGCAACAAGCAGGGCCAAAAAAUUUAUGCAUCCUCGAUGCAUCGAGGGACUUCUGAAUCUGCUGGAAAGUGAUAGGUUUAGCUUUGCGUGGGACGUCUGGAUUACGAAGCGAAGACAGUUGACAUCUCAUAUCUUGCGGCUAAGAUAA